AUCCGGCGGCGUCUGGGGAGUCGGACUGUACCAACUGCACUGCGGUGAGAACCACAGCCUGGUCUAGUGCACUGGCAAGAGCUCGGGCAGCACGUGGCCUGCAGAACACUGGUCUCCUCUGACAGCACUUGUGGUGGGCUAGUCAGUGUUCUGAGAGGGAGGGGACGUUCUAACGUCUCGACGUCCUCCGCCUCGGGUUGCUCCCCGUUUUGGCCUUAGUAGUUUCCACCAACGGGCAGGGCGGAAAGUUCCGGAAGAGUGUGGGUGCACUUCCGGGUCGGGGAGCGCGCGGCGGCGGCGGCGGCGGCGGCGGCUGACCGGCCUACUUGCGAUCGUGUUCGGACAGAGGCGGGAUCGUCUAGGAGCGUCCGGGAGGCGCGAGGUUCCCGGAGGUGAACUCCAAUGUGCAGCCAUGGAUGAUGACAAUUUGGAUGAGCUUGUGGCUCACAGCCCUGGGCCAGAUGGACCCCCACAAAUCGCCUCCUCAGAACUAGCCAGUGAUGCUGAAGAAAGCAGCAAUGGCCAAAGUGGAGACUCUGAAGAUGAUACAGGCAGUGAGCAGGAUGAUGACACAGAUGGGGAAGAAACAGAGGGGCUGUCUGAAGAGGAAGACCCAGAGGAUAGAUCUGGUUCUGAAGACUCAGAAGAUGGAGUAGAAAUGGCAACGGCAGCAAUGGAGACUCAAGGGAAGCUCGAAGCUAGCAGUGCACCCAAUUCUGAUGAUGAUGCAGAGAGCUGCCCCAUUUGCCUCAAUGCAUUUAGAGACCAGGCUGUGGGCACCCCAGAGACCUGUGCCCAUUAUUUUUGCCUGGACUGCAUCAUCGAGUGGUCCAGGAAUGCCAACUCCUGUCCCGUUGAUCGAACAAUAUUUAAAUGUAUUUGUAUUCGAGCCCAGUUUAAUGGUAAAAUCUUAAAGAAGAUUCCAGUAGAAAACACUAGAGCUUGUGAGGCUGAGGAAGAAGACCCGACCUUUUGUGAGGUGUGUGGCAGGAGUGAUCGUGAGGACCGGCUCCUACUGUGUGAUGGCUGCGAUGCCGGGUACCACAUGGAAUGUUUGGACCCUCCUCUCCAGGAGGUGCCUGUGGAUGAAUGGUUCUGCCCAGAGUGUGCAGUCCCUGGUGUUGAUCCCACUCAUGAUGCAGCUCCUGUGAGCGAUGAGGAGGUCUCCUUGCUACUGGCUGAUGUAGUGCCUACUACCAGUAGGCUUCGGCCUCGAGUAGGCAGGACCCGGGCCAUCGCUAGGACACGGCAGAGUGAGAGAGUGAGGGCAACUGUGAACCGAAACCGGAUCUCCUCUGCCAGAAGAGUCCAGCAUGUGCCAAGGUACCUCAUGUCUUCUCUGCUGGAUGAAACUAUUGAGGCUGUCGCCACUGGGCUGAGCACUGCUGUAUACCAGCGUCCCUUGACACCUCGUGUCCCUGCAAAACGGAAAAGGAAGGCAGGGAGACGAAAGAAAGUGCUGGGAAGAAAGAAGACCCGGUCCAAGUCAUCUGUGAAAAGUAAGAGUGGGGGUACGAGAGCCAAGAAACGGCAGCGCCGUGUGAGGAAGACAAAAGGGAGGAAGCUGAAGAAUGAAAUCACAGCUCGUUCUCGAAUUGCACGAACACUAGGCCUCCGCAGGCCUGUGCGUGGCACCAGCAUGCCAUCAGUGUACAAGCCAGUGGACCCCUCUCUUGGGUUGAUGAGGGCAGAUAUUGGAGCAGCUUCUCUGUCGCUCUUUGGAGAUCCCUAUGAGCUGGACCCUUUUGACAGCAAUGAAGAGCAGUCUGCAGAUCCACCUUCCCCUCUGAGUGCCAAGAGGAGAGUGCUGUCCCGCUCAGCUCUGCAGUCUCACCAGCCUGUGGCCAGACCUGUCGCCAUGGGGCUCUCUAGGAGGCAGCUCCCUGCUGUGGCCCCAGAGCCCAGUGUGGAGGAGGCCCCCGUUCCUGACCUGUUGGGGAGCAUCCUGUCUGGCCAGAGCCUCCUGAUGAUGAGCAGUGCUGAUGUUGUCAUACACCGGGAUGGCUCUCUCAGCGCCAAGAGGGCAGCUCCUGUUUCUCUUCAGCGAAAUUCUGUGACUCAAUCCAGAGAAGAGUCCAGGCACAGAGACAACCUGCAGCCUGGGGCACUACCCUCAGAGAGCGUAUCCAGUGGACUCAUGGGAGUCAGACGGCCAAACUCAGGGCUGAGCUGUGGGGACAGAACAGCUCUUCGCUGUCUCCCUGCCCACAUGGGGCAGACACCUGUGAGGUCAGACUCAUCACUGACCCCUCGUUCAGGUCUGUCUGGGAACCUUUCAGAUGAGAGCAAGCCCAGCUGGAAACACAGUACCAGCCCCCGACUCAAUGGCUCCAAUGUACGGGUUGGUUCUGCUUCAACUGAGAUCGUGACUCAUUCUAGCUUUCCAUCUAAAAAUAUAGCUCCUGGGCAUCCUCAGAGAACAGGUCCCAGGAGACCUGAUUUCUCUAAACUACCCAGGAUACCAAAGAUCCAUAGAGAUGGCAAUAAUAGCACGCAGGACCAGGCCCCAGCCAGUGGCCAGAUUGUGGAGCUCCCCAGCACUUGCAUCAGCCGCCUGACUGGCAGGGAAGGCCCUGGGCAGCCAGGGCGAGGCCGAGUUGACAGUGAGCCCAGCAGCAGGGGUCCCCAGGAGACUGGCUCACACACAAGUGGUUCUCGACCUCCUGCACCCAGCUCCCAUGGCAGCCUAACCCCUCUAGGGCCCUCAAGAGGAAAGGGCAUUGGGUCAAGCUUUGAAAGCUUCAGGAUCAACAUCCCUGGGAACACGGCACAGUGCAGCCAGCUGUCCAGCCCUGGAUUCUGUAACACAUUCCGGCCAGUAGAUAGCAAGGUGCAGAGGAAGGAGAACCCUUCACCCCUCUUCUCCAUCAAGAAGCCGAAACAACUCAAAAGUGAAAUCUAUGACCCCUUUGACCCCACUGGCUCGGACUCUAGCCCUCCUAGCAGCAGCCCAGAGAGUAUUGGUCCAGGCCUCCUGCCUUCUGAGAUCACAAGAACUAUCUCCAUCAACAGCCCAAAGGCCCCAGCCUUCCAGACUGUGCGCUGUGUUACCUCCUACAGGGUAGAAAAUGUCUUUGGGACUGAGAUGGAAGAACCUGAGCCCCAGCCCCCUAGUGAGCCUGUAUCUGGCAUGCUGGAGUUACUCAGCAAGGGACCUGCUGAGGGAGCCUCUGAUUUGGAGCAAGAAGGACUAGGAGUAAUAAAGCCUACAGAGAUUCAGGGCUCCACAGCCCGAACACAGAGGCCAUCUCCAGCAGACCCUUGGGAUGAUGAGGAUGAAGUGUCCUGUACACCCUUUUUUGGCUCUGAGGAACGGACAGUGACAUGUGUGACUGUUGAGGAGCCAGGUGUUCCACCAAGCCCAGAUGCUCCACAGUUAACCACCCACAGAAUUGUGGAGUUCAAGGCUUCAUCCCGUUCCCGCUCCUCUUCCAGCUCCCGAAGCAGGAAGAAAAUGAAGAAGAAGAAGGUUGCCAGAGAGCGCCAGCGGACACGCUCCAGCACUCGCUCUGGCUCCAGGGACAGGACUUCACGCUCAGUAUCUCCAGUUGCUGAGGAACACACCAAGAGGCACAGAGCCAAGACUAAGAGCCGGAGGUCUUCCAGUGACCGAGCCAGCAGCCAGGACAGAGCAAAGAGGAGGAAGGACAGAGAUGACAGAGACAGGGAACAUAGGCGGGGUCCUUGGGGUCAUGGCAGGUGCUGGAAGAAGUCCAGGUCCCGCUCAGGUAGUCCUGGCAGUUCUUCCUGUGAGCGCCAUGAGAGUAGGAGACGGAAGAGGCGGCAUUCGGGGUCCAGGUCUCAUGGCAGGGACUGCUCACCGCACAGCAGCCUGGAGAGGGAUCGGAGACAUAAACAUCGGGAGAGGAGCCGAGAGCGGAUGGACAAGAAGGAGAGUUUGACCCGGUCCCGGGAGAGGAGGAGGUGGCGGUCUCGGUCACCCAGCUUGGAACAUAGGCCACGAAGGCCACGUUCCCGUGAGAAGCGUCCCCAUUCCCCAGAGAAGAAAGGGGCUGUGAGGGAGGUUUCCCCAGUCCCUGCUCCACAGGGGGAGUCAAGGCAGGAUGGAGACCACUCUGCCAAGCCUCCAGUCUCAGCAGUAAGUGACCUGCCAGAGGUGGUAAGUGACCUGCCAGAGGUGGUUGUGGCUGACCUGAACCCUCCAGCAGUCCCCCCUGUCCUGGCAGAGCCAGUUGCUUGUGUGCCUGAGGACCUGGACUACGGUGAUUCUGUGGAGGCAGGCCACGUCUUUGAGGAUUUUUCAAAUGAAGCCAUCUUCAUCCAGCUCGAUGACAUGAGCUCACCUCCUUCCCCUGAGAGUACAGACUCCUCCCCUGAGAGAAACUUCCCACCAAAUCCCAUACUACCCCCAGUCAGCCUUCCACAAGACAGUACUUUACCUACCAUCCAAAGGGAGGUGUUACCGAUUCACAGUGAAGAUAUCUCAAAGUCUGCACCCCAGGCAUUGGCUCUGUCAGACCAGUGCCUGCUUAGGCAGGACACUGUAGAAACCACCGCUACAACUCCUAGCACCCCAGCUGUGGUGCCCAUGGGAAAAGGCAGUCCGUUGCUGAGUGGGAGAGAAUGUGAAGUAGUCAGGCCCAAGGAUGCUGUGGCCCAGGCCCCGCUACUGCGAUCCAGAACCCUGGUGAAAAGAGUCACCUGGAACCUGCAGGAAGCAGAGCACAGCACCCCAGCCCUGGACAGAGAUCCAAGGACACCACUUCAGAGGCCCCAGAGGCCCCAGGAAGGAGGCUGGGAUGCAGAGGACAGGGCCCUCAUAGGAUUUCAGCAGGCACCAUUCUCCGAGCUGCCCCCUCCCAUCCACGUGCUCCAGGAGUCUGGGUUACCUGAUGCAGAUCCCUCUCAGCCCCCUGGUGCUCCCAGAGCAGAAGGGCUUCCAGCUGUUGGGACUCUACACUCAGCAGGGGGUAUUCUUGCCCAGGUUUAUAGCCCUAACAUGCCACCACCCCUGGCUCAGCCUUCAAGCAUCCUGCCCUAUGCACUGGUCAGCCAGCCCUCAGUCCAGUUGAUCCUACAGGGGACCCUUCCCCUAGCAGGCUGCGGUACAGUACAGAGCCUGGCCCCAGUGCCCUCUAUGCCAGCUACAGCCUCAGAGGUAGCUGUUCCAACCACCAACAACUCAGAAGAAAGGAUUGAUACUCCCAAAACAGCUGCUGAGAAGACCAAAAAGGAGGAGUACAUGAAGAAGCUGCACAUGCAAGAACGGGCUGUGGAGGAGGUGAAGCUGGCCAUUAAACCCUUCUACCAGAAGAGAGAAGUGACCAAGGAGGAAUACAAGGACAUACUGCGCAAAGCCGUGCAGAAGAUCUGCCACAGCAAGAGUGGCGAAAUCAACCCUGUAAAGGUGGCCAACCUGGUGAAGGCCUAUGUGGACAAAUACAGGCAUAUGCGCAGGCACAAGAAGACUGAAGCUGGAGAGGAGCCACCCACACAGGGUGCUGAGACCUGAGGCUAGCCACUCUAUGGGGAGGCGUCCCCAGCGGGAAAGAAAUGGGGCCACCAGCACUCCUGCCUCUGAGGUUCUCAUGACACCUGUCUGCACCUGUCUUGCUUACAAUUGAAAACUGGACUUUUUUAUAUGUAUAUUAUAGAUACACUGUUUCCAUUGUGUUCUAAUUUAUCAAAAAUGGCUUAUCUUUAGAAA